AAAAUCUGUUAGAACAACUCCACAGAACGUAUUUUUAAAUUCUAUUUGCAGGUUUUGCUGUCGUAAACUAAAUUAUCAGUCGUUGUUUGGUAGCAUGUGGGGGGGGUAAGAAGUUCUAAGGAGCCGACACUAUAUCCGUACUGGUACAAGAACUAGAACUUCUAAACAACCUUCUUUAAUUUUAUCCUCCGGCGUCCAAUCGACUCCAGAUGUUAUUCAGGAACCUAUUGGCGCCCAGUAUCGCUAUAUGCUCUUAUGGUAUCAGGCAUUUCAAGGAUUUCCCCCGCUGGAUCUUUGCCCCAAACGGGUAUGAUAACAUGAUACUGUUCCACUUAAGAGACAAGGCUUACUAACCCUACCGGCUCCACUGUGGAGCCUGAACCAUUCGCUGCCCGAAAAGACACCUUGCAACUCCCUCCCUCCCAGCUCGCCCCUGAUAAAAGCCCGUGUCUUAGCACCUUCAGCCCUUCCCCCACCCCUCUCCCUUCUUUCCCCAAUUCCUCCAAAAGCCCUAUUCGUCGACCAAAGAGACGUAGAAGAAGAAACAAACGAACAAUAUGAUCUCUUUCCGCCGGGCGUUUGCCCUCAUCGUGCUCGUCGCCGCUGCAUCCUUAUUCCUGUUUUCUCAGCCUACCGAGGCGACAAAGAGUCCGUUGAUCACACAUAAAGUAUUCUUUGAUAUGAAGCACGGCGAUAAGGAGUUAGGGCGUAUUGUAUUUGGACUUUACGGGAAAACGGUCCCUAAGGUUUGUGCUCCUUCCGUACCCAUGUAAGAGGUUUCGACAGUGGCCCUUGACUAACGCUCUGGGUUGGGUGCAGACCGCCGAGAACUUCCGGUGAGCAUUGCAUUACGGCUGGGGGUAAGGGAAGGUGGGGAGGUGGAAGCUAAUUGUCAAUCGUGUAGUGCUCUCGCCACCGGUGAGAAGGGCUUUGGAUAUGAAGGAUCGAUCUUUCAUCGUGUUAUCGCGGACUUUAUGAUUCAGGGCGGUGACUUUACCAAUCGUGAUGGCACUGGUGGCAAGUCUAGUAAGAAGUUCUCUCCGAGUAGCAUUAGGCAGUAUAAAAUGCUAACGAUUGUGAAAAAGUCUACGGUGACAAGUUCCCCGACGAAAACUUCAAACUGAAGCACACCCGCCCCGGGCUUCUGAGCAUGGCAAACGCUGGCAAGGACACCAACGGAUCCCAGUUCUUUAUCACUACCGUUAUUACUUCGUAAGUUCUCUUGAGCACUUUGCCCCUAACUGUUCCCGCCUACUCCCCAUCUAUACUCUGCGUGCACCCAUUGAAUCUAGGCUAACGGCUAGCACAGCUGGCUCGACGGCCGUCACGUUGUUUUCGGUGAAGUUGUAGAGGGUAUGGAGAUUGUCAAAGCGAUUGAGCAAGUCGAGAAGAGUCCCGGCAGCGACUCCCCCGCCACAGUUGUAACCGUCGCGAAGAGUGGAGAACUCCCUGUUCCAGAAGAAGGUAUCCAUGUGGAACUUUAAAUGCAUUUAUACCGCCCUUUCCUUAUUUCACCUUUUCCUUUCAUUGUUUCUAUUGUCACGAACCAAAAAGAAAAAAGAAAAAACAACCGUGAAGUAAUUACGCGGUUAAUGGGAAGAACUACGAUAUCCCUUUUUGUUGUCCUCAAAAAGGUCCCGAAUAUAUAUGAUUCAUUGACAUCCUGAUGGGUUGACACGAAAUAAAUGCAUUGCCACUUUAUUACUAUUAUUAUUAAUAUACAUUCUGGGAAUCCGCUGAUGAAUGCCUCCAUCUCAUAGCCAAUGGGGAAGAAGACUCCGCAACUACUGCCCCACCACCAGCACCAGCUAGCGCAGAGACUGGCACCGAGAAGAAGGCGGAGGAAACUGGCGGGGCUGAGCCCGAGCAGCCAAAGUACGCCGCUGAAGGCCUCGUGGAUAGAAUCAAGGAUGCAGACGUGAGCUGGGGGCACGCACAGGUCCUGGCGGGUGCGUUGCUGAUUGGCGUUGCAGCGGUUUUAUACGUUAAGAGGAGGAGUGUUCGUGAGAUUAGGAAGCCAAUGGAAUAA